AUGUCAAGAGUGGGACCAGAAACUUCAAAAAGACUUCAGAAGGAUCCUUCAUGUAUUAGAAAUAUUUGCAUACUGGCGCAUGUCGAUCAUGGGAAGACAUCACUCUCUGAUUCGUUGCUGGCCUCUAACGGGAUUAUAUCGCAGAAGCUGGCAGGAAAAGUCCGUUUUCUAGACUCUAGACCAGAUGAGCAGCUACGAGGAAUUACAAUGGAGUCUAGUGCUAUCUCUUUGUACUUCAGAGUGCUUCACAAACAGGAAGGAAGCCAAGAGCCGCUCAUAAAUGAGCAUUUGAUUAACUUAAUCGACUCUCCUGGCCACAUCGAUUUUUCAAGUGAAGUCAGCACCGCAUCAAGGCUUUGCGACGGUGCUGUUGUCCUUGUAGAUGUUGUCGAAGGUGUAUGUUCUCAGACUGUCACGGUACUGAGACAAUGUUGGGUGGAAAAACUAAAACCAGUGCUGGUGCUAAACAAAAUGGAUAGGCUCAUCACUGAACUUCAGCUGACACCUCAGGAAGCUUAUCAGCACUUGAAUAAAAUCAUUGAACAAGUCAAUUCCAUCAUCGGCUCUUUUUUUAACGGCCAGAGGUUGCUCGAUGAUCUUUCGUGGAGGGAACAAUUAGAACUCAAUAACACCGCUGAAUUUGUCGAAAAGGAUGAUUCCGAUAUCUACUUCAAGCCCGAAAGCAAUAAUGUAAUCUUUGCCUCCGCAAUCGACGGCUGGGGGUUUAGUAUUGGCCAGCUUGCAAAAUUCUACGAGCAGAAACUUGGUGCCAAGAGAGAAAAUCUACAAAAAGUACUGUGGGGUGAUUUCUUCAUGGACCCUAAAACUAAAAAGUUCAUUAACAAUAAAGGCUUGAAAGGUCGCACCUUAAAACCGCUUUUUGUGAGCUUGAUCCUCGAAAACAUAUGGAAAAUCUAUAAUAAUAUUUUGAAAGAGAGAGAUUCGGAGACGCUGGAAAAGAUCACCAACACUUUAAAUAUUAAGGUGUCUCCUCGUGACUUAAGAUCCAAAGAUCUAAAGAAUUUGUUGCGUACUGUGAUGGGUCAGUGGUUGCCUGUCAGCGUUGCCAUAUUAUUGACUGUCAUCGAGAAAUUGCCGUCACCCGUUGAAUCACAAGGCGCAAAAAUGGAAAGAAUAAUUGGUACGACCCCAGGCCAUGAAAUGGUGGACCCGGCACUGUACUCGGCUAUGGAAUCGUGUGACAAAUCUGGGCCUGUUUGUGCCUUUGUGUCCAAGAUGCUGUCCAUCCCUAAAGAUGAGCUCCCUUUAUCUGAUGGUACUCCGCUAACGCAAGAUGAGUUGAUGCAGAAAAGUCGGGCUGCUCGUGAACACGCCCUUAAAGCCGCUAAGGCAGCAGAACGCGCGGAGAACAUCUCGAAAUCAAACUCAGAACGUCGAGAGACAGGUCUGUAUUCGAGAGCUCUAGAUACCGUUGCAACUCCGUUGGUGAAUGAGCGUGAAAAUAGCUAUAAGAAAGAUUCGUUGAGGCCUUCAUUUAGUGACGACAUUCGAGUUGUGAGCGAUGCAGCCCCAGAGUUUGACCUUUCUCCAAAUCUGAAUGAUGGAGUAGAAUUUGAAAACAGCGACUUCGAAUAUGAAGGUGAUGGUUUUCAGCCGGAGUUUAUUCCAACUGCUUCAAAUCCUGAUGAUCCUUUGAGCUCCAUGUUUGAAUACGAGGAAGAGGAUCCCUUCGAUACCGAUAACGCCGUCGACCAACAAGAGGACGAGUUUGAAAAGAGUGAUGAAGUUAUGAUUGGAAUUGCUAGACUCUACAGUGGUACGCUCCAAGUAGGCCAAAAAAUCGCAGUUUUGGGACCUAAGUACGAUCCUUAUCACCCCAAGUCGUUUAUCGAGGAGGUGGAAAUCACACAUCUCUACAUAUUCAUGGGCAAAGAGCUUGUACCUUUAAAAGAAUGCCCACCAGGUAAUAUAGUAGGAAUUGGUGGCCUGGCUGGAAAAAUUCUGAAGAAUGGUACUUUGGUCGAUCCUCACAUUCAGGGAAUCAAUUUGGUGGGCGUAAACCUCCAUGUAACCCCGAUUGUUCGUGUUGCUCUUGAGCCUACAAAUCCUACUCAAAUGAGUAAGCUGGCUCGUGGUUUGAAAUUGUUAAAUCAAGCUGAUCCUUGUGUCCAAACAUACGUUGAGGAUACAGGGGAGCACAUCUUGUGCACUGCAGGUGAAUUACACUUGGAGCGUUGUUUGAAGGAUUUGACAGAAAGGUUUGCUGGUAUCAACAUUACGUCGUCAGAGCCAGCUAUUCCAUACCAAGAGACGUUUCUUGCUACGUCUGACAUGAAUCCAGCAAAGGAUCCAGAGCUUGGGAGGGGCAAGGCGCAGAUAUAUCUGGACGAGUACGCAAUCACUUUAAGGGCCGUCCCACUCCCUGAAGAAAUCACUGAUUUUUUAUCGGCAAAUGCAUCAAUUAUUAGAGGUUUUACUGAACGUGAGAACAUAACCACUCGAAUGACAGAAUUCCAGCGCACUUUGAAUGAUUUACUCUCGAAAGCGGCCGUCAAGGACAAAACAUGGGAUGCCUCCGAUCUGAAAAUCUCAGCUUUUGGUGGCAAACGGAUAGGACCAAAUCUUCUUGCGUCCAGGAGCUGUGCUCUUGAAGACGUCUUUCUUCGUGAAGCUACCCCCGAUUUUGAGUACGCAAGCUCAAUUAUUAACGGAUUUGAACUUGCAGUGAGCCAGGGCCCUCUUUGUCAUGAGCCUGUUCAAGGCAUGUGCGUAUUUGUCGACGAUAUUCACAAAUUGACUGAUGAAGAGCUGGGUACCUUGGAGCUCCAGGACCACCAAAUUCGGCUUCCAAAUUUUGGUGGUAGAUUGAUUACAACUAUCCGUGAUGCGGUUCACGCUUCGUUCCUCGACUGGUCUCCUAGAGUUAUGUGGGCUAUGUAUCAAUGCGACAUUCAGGCUUCAGUCGAGGUGCUGGGCAAAGUUUACGCAGUGGUGCAGCAAAGACGGGGCCGCAUUGUAUCUGAAGAGAUGAAGGAAGGUAUCCCGCUCUUCCAAAUCGAAGCUCGAAUUCCAGUGGUCGAAGCAUUUGGAUUUAGCGAAGAUAUUCGUAAGAAAACUUCAGGAGCAGCCCAACCACAGCUCGUGUUUGCAGGUUUUGAGUGCAUAGACUUGGAUCCUUUUUGGGUUCCGACGACCGAGGAUGAACUAGAAGAACUGGGAGAUAUAGCCGAUAAGGAGAAUAUCGCGAGAAGGCAUAUGAAUAUGAUACGGAGGCGUAAGGGACUUUUCGUCAAAGAAAAGCUAGUCCAAAACGCAGAAAAGCAAAGAACUCUAAAGCGCAACUGA